ACAUACCCUGAACUAAUACAGCAGAUCUCCGGGCUUAACCUAUGAACAGAGAACCUCUGAAACAGGAAGUGUCGAACAUGACCACAGUGACUGAGUUCCUCCUCCUGGGAUUCUCUGAUGUAUUUGACCUGCAGAUGUUGCAUUUUGUGCUGUUUCUCCUGAUUUAUCUGAUGGCCCUGGUAGGAAACCUUUUCCUCCUCCUUGCUGUAGCCUUGGAUGACCAUCUUCACACUCCUAUGUACUUCUUUCUGGCCAACCUAUCGAUUAUUGAUAUCAGCUACAUCUCCGUCACAAUCCCUAAAUCCAUGGACAUCACCUUGACCCACAUCAGAUCAAUUUCCUUCUCUGGAUGCAUGACCCAAAUCUUUUUGGGACUUACCUUUCCAUUUGCAGAACUGGUUUUGCUCACUGUCAUGGCAUACGACCGCUACAUCGCCAUAUGCUACCCACUCCAUUAUCAAGUAAUCAUGAGCAAGAUGAAGUGUUCCAGUAUGGUAGCUAGUUGUUGGGUGGGUAGCAUUAUGUAUGCAGUCCUGCAUACUCUGAACAUCUUUCUUUUACCAUUUUGCGGGCCAAACAAUGUCAAUCAGUUCUUUUGUGAAAUCUCUCAAGUGCUUAAGCUUGCAUGUGCUGACACAUUUCGCAAUGAAAUGGCUAUACUUGCAUGUGGUAUUGUUUUUGGUUUAAUUUUCUGUUCUUCAAUCAUUUUAUCUUAUGCUCACAUCUUUUCCACAAUCCUAAAAAUCCCUUCUUCACAUGGCAAGUACAAAGCGUUUUCCACAUGUUUGCCACACCUUUUUGUUUUUUGUUUAUUUCUGUUUUCUGGGAUGUUCACGUAUUUUAAGAAAAGUUCCGAAUCUUCAUUCGUUAAGGACAUCCUGCCAGCUUUGUUAUAUUCUAUUGUGUCCCCAAUAGCCAACCCAGUCAUCUACAGCCUGAGAAACAAGGAGAUCCAAAAAGCUCUUGGCAAACUCUUAAACAAAGGCCUCUUCACCAGGGAGGUGUCUUCAACAAAGAGGGGAAAAUAA